AUGGCGAGGGAUGAUUUGGAUAUCCAACUUUCUGAAAGAGGAGCCCACGAUGAACAGAGUCAGACUACAGACGACGCGGAUACCAACGGUAUCUCGAACGAAAGCGAAGCGGCCCAGGCUGGCGUCAGGCGAAUCGAAGCUGUGAGCAGGACUUGGACAACUGCAUCCCUUAUCAUCGCAUACGUCACUCUUUUCUUGAUGGCCAAUGUCACGUCCCUCGAGUUGCAAGUCACCAGCCUCAUGACACCGUACGCGACGAGCGCCUUCCAGCAGCACUCCUUGGUCUCCACAGUCACUGUCAUUCAAGGUGUUGUCAGCGCAGUAAUCAAGCCACCGAUGGGCAAGAUCGCGGAUGUAUUCGGUCGACUGGAAUCUUUCGCCAUCACAAUCUUCCUUUAUACCAUUGGAUACAUCCAGCAAGCUGCAUCGGAGAACGUCAAGACAUUUGCUUCGGCGCAGAUUUUUUGGGCGGCUGGAUUCAAUGGUCUCCAAAUCCUACAACAGAUAUUCGUCGCUGAUACGACCGACUUGUCCAAUCGCGCUUUGUUCUCCACCCUUUUUGAUGUUCCUUUCCUCUGGAUGUUAGCGCCCAGUGCUGAUGGAAAAUGGAGCAACGGGAGCAUGAUUUCCAUGCUCGUUGUUGGGAUAGUGAUUUUGAUAGCGUUCCCUUUCUGGGAGACGAGCAAAAGGCUGGCCCCCAAGGCUUUCUUCCCGCCCAACCUAUUCAGAAACAAGACUAUCAUUGCAGGAACUCUGAUUGCGUUCUUGUAUUUCAUGGCAUUCUACAUGUCGGUCUUCCCUUACUUCUACUCUUACCUCCUCAUAGUCCAGAACAAAUCUAUCACUACGGCAGGGAAUAUCACACGCGUUUUCUCGCUAAGCUCCACCGUAUCAUCCAUCAUUGUUUCGCUUAUCAUAAAGUACACCGGGCACUACAAAUACUAUGUCACUGUGGGAUCUUGUAUCUACCUGCUGGGAAUGGGCAUCAUGCUUCGAUACCGAAACGAAGACGCAUCGACCGCCACCCUUGUGGGCACUCAAAUAGCGAUAGGAAUUGGCGGGGGUAUACUCAAUGUCCCAGUCCAACUCGGUGUUCAAGCAAGCGCAAGUCACCAACAAGUCGCUGCAGCCACCACCGUGUGGCUCACGCUGUUGGAGGUCGGUGGCGCUGUAGGAUCAGCUAUCUCAGGGGCAAUUUGGAGCACGUAUGUUCCCCGCAAGCUGCAACAAUACCUCCCUGCCGAGACCGUCGCGAAUGCUACGAUCAUCUUCGGCGACAUCACCACUUCUUCGGACUACAUCACAUAUCCGCCCGGUUCGCCGACACGCAUCGCAAUCAAUCGUGCCUAUCAAGAGACCAUGCGUCUUUUGCUCAUCGGAGCGCUGUUUGCAGCUGCGCCUAUUGUGCCGUUGACGUUCUUCUUGCAGAAUUAUAGACUGCGUGAGAUGGAGCAGCCUGUUGAGGGUCGUGUGAUAGGGAGUGCCAACGGGAGACGGGAGUCGGAUAGUGGAUUCUUGCGCCGAUGGUUCAGAAGGUAG